GCUCCCUCCGCUUUCGCCCAGGUGCUUCUUUUCCGAGCUCGGCCUUAACACCCGUCGACGGUUAACUGAGAUUCUCCGGCGGAGCCCAGGGAUGUCACAUUUUUCAGCCUCCAUUUACGCCCGGAUGUUCAGUCCUUCUCCACAAUGAAUGAGUGUUACUAUGACAAGCGGAUGGACUUUUUUUACAACAGGAGCAACACAGACACUGCUGAUGAGUGGACAGGAACAAAGCUUGUGAUCGUGUUGUGUGUUGGAACAUUUUUCUGCCUGUUUAUUUUUUUUUCGAAUUCUCUAGUUAUUGCCGCGGUGAUCAAAAACAGAAAGUUUCACUUCCCCUUCUACUACCUGUUGGCUAAUCUAGCCGCUGCAGAUUUCUUUGCCGGAAUUGCCUACGUAUUCCUGAUGUUUAACACUGGCCCCGUGUCAAAAACUUUGACUGUCAACCGCUGGUUUCUCCGCCAGGGGCUCCUGGACACUAGCUUGACCGCCUCUCUGACCAAUCUGCUGGUGAUUGCUGUGGAGAGGCACAUGUCAAUCAUGAGGAUGAGGAUCCACAGCAACCUGACGAAAAAGAGGGUUACGCUGCUCAUUUUGUGUAUCUGGGCCAUCGCCAUCUUUAUGGGGGCUGUCCCCACCCUGGGCUGGAAUUGCCUCUGUGACAUCUCUGCCUGCUCUUCCCUGGCCCCCAUUUAUAGCAGGAGUUACCUCAUUUUCUGGACCGUGUCCAACCUUGUGGCCUUUUUCAUCAUGGUUGUGGUGUACCUGCGGAUCUACAUGUAUGUCAAGAGGAAAACCAAUGUUUUGUCUCCACAUACGAGUGGGUCCAUCAGCCGCCGGAAGACACCCAUGAAGCUGAUGAAGACAGUGAUGACUGUCUUAGGGGCCUUUGUCGUGUGCUGGACCCCAGGCCUGGUGGUUCUGCUGCUCGAUGGCCUGAACUGCACGCAGUGUGGCGUGCAGCACGUCAAAAGGUGGUUCCUGCUGCUGGCACUGCUGAACUCCGUCAUGAACCCCAUCAUCUACUCCUACAAGGACGAGGACAUGUACAGCACCAUGAAGAAGAUGAUCUGCUGCUUCUCUCAGGAGAGGAACCUGGACAGACGUCCCUCCCGCCUCCCCUCCACCAUCCUCAGCAGGAGUGACACGGGCAGCCAGUAUAAGGAAGACAGUAGCAGCCAAGGCACGGUUUGCAACAAGAACAGUUCCUAA